AUGGCAGACAAUACCCUCUAUCUUUACACCUCGCUGACGGCGGGCUCUUCGCACAUCAUCACUGCAACUUCGAGACUCGAGACCAUCCUCAAGGCCAACAAGAUCCCUUUCCGCGCCAUCGACGUUGCCACCGACGAUGCUGCCCGCAGGCUAUGGGGCCGGUACUCCAAAGGCCGCAAACUGCCUGGACUUGUCAAGUACCGCACCAUAAUCGGGGAUCUCGAGCAAAUCGAAGAAUGGAACGAAUUCGGAGAACUCAAGAUGGAGAUUGGCGCAGUCAAUGACCCAGAUGGCCUUUCUUCCGAAACAAAACCCGCUGCUCCUUUUGUCGAGACCCCUAAACGAGCUCCGGUACCCCCAGCCGCCCCGAAGAGUGGCAGUCCCCAUAUCCAGAUCCAGAAUCCUCCCGUCACCGAGACCAAGGAAGACCAGCGCACCUUGACAUUGCGAUUGGCAGGUGAGGAGGCAGCUGCCCGAGCCAAACAGAAUGCUCUCCAAAAGCUCGGCACGAAGCUCCCAACUACAGAAGGAGAUGGGAAGGCAGCACCGACAACAGAGCCCUCAGCCAAGGGCACCGAGUCCGCUGAGAGCACUACUGAAAAAGCCGAUAGCGCGUCUGAAGCAAAGCCGACCUCUGCGUCGCAAGACGAAAAGACAGAGGAUUCAACAUCACCGCCAUCAGGGGGCCGGCGUACGUCUGUCGCGCCAGAAAUCGUGCCACCCCUCAAACGCCCCUCGCUCGCCGACGAAACGGCCGCUGUGUCCACCGCCAAUUUCCGGGCUGAGAAUGCCGAUGUCCUGGGUCUGAUCGACCACCACCGUAGUUCUAUCGUCUCCGUUACCAACAAAGACGAGCAAGAUCAGGUGCGAAAGGAGAUCAGAGAAUCGGUGACCGAAGCGCCUAAAGAUGGGGACCUUCAAGCAUUAAGAAAGGAGGACGCCGCUAAGAAACAACGAGAUGCUAUCGAUGAAGACGAGGAGGAAGAAGAAACAACCGAUUCAGGAGAAUCGGAUACAGAAACAAGCGAAGCGGCUAAGAAAAAGACGGAGAAAAAGGCCGAAUCUCCUGUCGCUGCUGCCAAGGAGGGGAAGAAGGAGGAGAAGGAUAAGGAAGAGAAGGAGAAGGAAGAGGAUGAAGAGGAUGAAGAGGAUGAAGAGGAUGAAGAGGAUGAAGAGGAGGAGGAGGAGGAAGAAGAAGAAGAAGAGGAGGAAGAAAAGGCUCCCCAGAAACAAGACCCCAAGGAUGCUAGCAAGGCCGGUGUUAGCGUUGAAUAUUAG